AAAUAAAGACAAAGCAUGGGACAAUCUGAAAACAGUUCCUUAUAUGAAGCUGUUGCUAAUGUACACGUCCUGCUGCAGUACUAUGAAACUCCCCUUCCUUGUGGUUUGCUGAUAAGCACAGUGAAUGGAAUUGCAACUGUGAAGAAAACGAGCUUUAAAAUAUAGAUGAGGAAUACAAAAACAACACGCUAACAUGUCCUCACAACGGCUUCAUUCUUAGCAUUGAACAAUUGCAGGAUUAGCAGCAUCGCAAAUUCAUCAAGCUCACAAAAAGCAAGUGUGUGAGGCGACUCGCUGAGUGACGUUAUUUCCUGGGGGUGGCGGUGAAGGUACUGCAGACCCUGGCUUCAAUGCACACUGGAGUUCAACUAAACAGACAAGCCGAGGAAAUACAGAGAUGGGCACAGUGACGUGAAUCCGUGGAAAUAAACCGCACAGUAUCAUUGCACUGAGUGCUUAUUUAGCACUGAGAGCUCACAUAGGAACUGGUGAUAUUUAUAUACAACGCAUACAUUUAUAUAUAUUAAAGCAGAUCUAUAAUUUAGCUAUCAACGUUUGUGAGUCUCGCUGACUGACCGACCAUGGCGGAGAAGACCGGCCGGCUCAGCUUCCCCGGGAGCGGCGCGCUCAACAGACCCGUCCCGAUGAACCUGUUCGCUACCUGGGAAAUCGACGGCUCGUCUCCAAACUGCAUACCAAGGCUCUGCAGUCUGACGCUGAAGAAGCUGGUGGUGAUGAAGGAGCUGGAUAAGGAGCUCAUCUCAGUGGUCAUCGCCGUCAAAAUCCAGGGCUCCAAGAGGAUCCUGAGGUCUCAUGAGAUCGUGCUGCCCCCUAGUGGAGUGGUGGAGACAGACCUGGCUCUCACGUUUUCAUUGCAGUACCCUCACUUCCUGAAGAGGGAAGGCAAUAAGCUUCAGAUCAUGCUGCAGAGGAGGAAGAGGUACAAGAACAGAACCAUUCUGGGCUACAAGACACUGGCCAUGGGCUCCAUCAACAUGGCUGAGGUGCUGCAGCACCCCACCGAGGGUGGUCAGGUCCUCUCGCUCUGCAGCAACAUGAAGGACACGGCCGCCAAGGUGGCUGAGAUCUGGAUCUUCUCCCUGUCCAGCCAGCCCAUCGACCACGAGGACGGGGCCGUGCAGGGGGGGCAGAAAGCCAAGUCCACAGAUAAUUACUCUGAAGAGGAGUACGAGAGCUUCUCCUCGGAGCAGGAAGCCAGUGACGACGCGGCCCAGGGUCAGGAUCUGGAUGAUGACGAGUAUGAUGUGAGGAAGCCGAAGAAGCAGCGGCGCUCAAUAGUCAGAACCACGUCCAUCACCAGGCAACAAAACUUCAAGCAGAGGGUUGUGGCCUUGCUGAAGAGGUUCCGAGUUUCAGAAGAGGUGCUGGACUCGGAGCAGGACCCUGCAGAGCAGGUCCCGGAGGUGGAGGAGGACCUGGACCUGGACAGUCUGGACAUCGAGAACCCGAGCGACAGCGGACCCGAGCUGGACGACGACGACAGUGUGCUGAGCACGCCCAAACCCAAACUCAAGCCUUAUUUCGAGGGUAUGUCCCACUCCAGCUCCCAGACUGAGAUCGGGAGCAUCUACAGCAUCCGGAGCCAACGCGAGCCCCCCAGUCCGAUGGAAGCGCCCGACAAGUUGAAAAGCUCAGGAAGCAAGUUCCAAGUGGACGAUGUGUCUGACACAGUCUCCUUCGAGCAGCCCGAGGCCAUUACUCCCACGACAGAGCUGGAGCGAAACAACAUGGAUACCUUCCUUGAGAAACUGCCUCCCAGUGGGAAAAUCACCAAGACAGAGUCCUUCUUCAUCCCCUCCAACAGACCGGAUUCAAAGCUGACAGGCCGGCGAGGCAGGAGCACCUCCCUCAAGGAGAGGCAGCCAAUCAGACAGCAGAACGAAAGAGCAAACAGCCUGGACAACGAGCGCUCCCCCGACACCAGGUGUCACAUGCAGAUCCCCAGGAAGACUGUGUACGACCAGCUCAACCACAUCCUCAUCUCUGACGAGCAGCUCCCUGACAGCAUCCUCUUGAUCAAUACCUCCGACUGGCAGGGGCAGUACCUAUCGGAGGUCUUGCAGAAUCAGCAGCUGCCCGUGGUCUGCACCUGCUCCAACGCAGACAUCCAGGCUGCGUUCAACACCAUCGUCUCACGCAUCCAGAGAUUCUGUAACUGUAACUCUCAGACGCCGAUCCCCAUUAAGAUUGCUGUGGCCGGGGCUCAGAGUUACCUGAGCGCUGUCCUGCGCCUCUUUGUGGAUCACCUGUCUCACAAGACCCCUAACUGGCUGGGCUACAUGAGGUUCCUCGUCAUUCCACUGGGCUCUCACCCCCUCUCCAAGUACCUGGGUACCAUCGACUAUCACUACAACAACCUGUUCCAGGACUCGGCCUGGAGAGACCUGUUCCACAAGCAGGAGGCGCCCGUCAUAGUGCCGGAAUGCCCUGACCUGGUGUCUAGGAUCACACAGUACAUGGUGGGAGCGAAUGGAGCGCACCAGCUUCCCAUUGCAGAGGCCAUGCUGACCUACAAGCAGAAGAGGAAAAAGAAUUUUGAUUUUGCUGUAAGCCUUGAUGAAGAUUCCUGUCAGAAGUUUAUCCCGUUCAUUGGUGUGGUGAACGUGGGGAUUGUGGAGCAGUCAUCUGCAACGUCAGGUGACUCGGACGAUGCAGCCCCAGUGGGGUCCAUGCUGCUCUCCUCCACCCCCCCUCAGGUGUCUCCUGUGCUGAAGGAGGCCUUGCCCACCCCACCCUCCUCUCCCUCCGUCACCACUGGCUUCUACUCCUACAGUACCCCAGGCGGUGGCCAGGGGGAGCUCAUGGGUCUGCAGGUGGAUUACUGGGUGUCCCUGCAGACAGGUGAGAAAAAGAGGGACUUGGAAAAGAAGGACUCCUCCUCCAAGAACUCUCUGAAGUGCACCUUCCGCUCGCUGCAGGUCAGCCGCCUGCCCCUCUCGGGGAGUGACGCCUCCCCCCAGCCCACCAUGAACAUGACUGUCGUCACCAAGGAGAAGAACAAGAAGGUGAUGUUUCUGCCAAAGAAAACAAAGGACAAAGAAGUAGAGUCCAAGAGCCAGGUCAUUGAGGGCAUCAGCAGACUGAUCUGCACUGCGAAGCACCAACAGACCAUGCUGCGAGUGCUGAUAGACGGAGUCGAGUGGAACGAUGUCAAGUUUUUCCAGCUGGCAGCUCAGUGGUCGUCCCAUGUCAAACACUUCCCCAUCGGCAUCUUCGGACACUCCAAAGCCACCUACUAACUGAGGGGGAACCUCCCCCACCCCACACCCCCCUCCUGGAGCCACUCUCAGCUGUGUGCCAAGAUUCAACCCGACCGACCGACAACCUGCCUCCCUCCUACCCUCCCUCCCCCAUCUCCCCUCCCCUCUCCUCCCUCCAUCCUGACCGACAACCCGUCUUCCUCCCCUCCCCCCUCCCUCCCCCAUCUCCCCUCCCCUCACCCAUCUCCCCUCCCUCACCUUCCCUCCCCCCCUCCCUCUCUCCUGACCGACGGACUCCCUCCCCCAUCUCCCCUCCCCUCCCUCCCUCCUUCCUGACCGACAACCCGCCUCCCUCCCGCCCUCUCUCCUGACCGACGGCCUCCCUCCCUCACCUCACCUCCCCUUCCCUCCCUCAGCUCCCCUCCCUCCCUCCUUCCUGACCGACGACCUCCCUCCCUCCCUCCCUCACCUCCCCUCCCCUUCCCUUCCUCCUUCCUGACCGACAACCCGCCUCCCUCCCGCCCUCUCUCCUGACCGACGGCCUCCCUCCCUCACCUCACCUCCCCUUCCCUCCCUCAGCUCCCCUCCCUCCCUCCUUCCUGACUGACAACCCGCCUCCCUCCCUCCCUCCUUCCUGACCGACGACCUCCCUCCCUCCCUCCCUCACCUCCCUCCCUCCCUCCCUCACCUCCCCUCCCCUUCCUCCUUCCUGACCGACGGCCCGCCUCACUCCUGGCCUACCUGGCUGCGUUUCCGAUUUUAAGGAAAUGGGGCUGUCAAAAUUUCAAUUUGACUUUUUGUAUACAUUUGACAACCUUUGACUAAUUUUAAACCAUUGACUAAAAAACAACAACUCCCUAACAGUAACAAAAGUAGGACCCAUGCAAACCUACUGUUUCAUCUGAAGAGUGCAAUAACUUGUAAAUACAGCGAAAUCUGAACUAACCGCUGGUCGUCAAGGAGCAUCUGUGGUUGCCAUGGCUGCUUAUUCCCUGUACCACUGUGUCAGUCUUCACCUGUUCAGUAGGAGCAGCUGAUCCCUUAGUUUGGAAGGCCGAAAAGACCUUUUACUGCAUGAAAAUGGAUAAGACGACAAGGCAUUAAAAGGGAUGCAUUACGAUAAACAGGGUUAUUUAACUCUAGGGGGGAAAAGAAUAUUUAUUUUGUACUAAUUUUCUGUUCAUUUAUGAUGCCAGGUCUGUCCUUUUUGUUUGUUCUUUGUCUAAAGUGUUCCCUUUCUCAUCCUUUGCCAUGAGAAUCGUGGUUAUGUGAUCCUGUAGGGGCUUCUCCCCUGCCACUUUAUAGGUGGAGAGUAACCACUGGUCUGCUGUUUUAAUUGGUUCAGUGUAAGCACACAGUUGCCUAGCGAGGAACAGAGAUGAGCAUUUUACCAGCCACACAGUCACUUCUUUACUCCAGCCAGGCCCAUGCAAACUUUUAGAAAUACUUCAAGGGACUAAAUAAAUUCAGCAUUGGAGACAUGGAGAAAGACCUCUGGUCAAAACGUUUGUCAUUGAAUAUUUUUUUUUAGUAUUUCAAAAUGCAGCACUAUUGAGUGGUUGAUAGUUAUGGAUGAUACCAUACAUACUUUACUUCAGUGACAACGAGCAUAGUGGGAAAAUGUUCCGUUGUCAAACACAGUGGCAGCAGUGUGCCUUGAUUUUGAUUCGAAAUAGGGGUGGGCAGAAUGGGCUUGUCGGUUUUUAAACACUUUACCAGCUCAGACAGUUUAACUCUUAAAAGGCUGCACUGCUGGAAUUCCUAUAUAAGAUAUGUAAAAAAGGUGCCAUAUACGUGGUCUAUAGGGCUUCAGUACCUGGUACAAUGGCACUAGACUCGAAAAUAAAACUGGUAUUGCUAAUCUUGUAGUCAGGCCUGCACAUUUAUCUAGAAUGUGUUUCUGCAAUAUCUAAUCUCCUGUUUCUGUUGCAUGAAAACAAGCAUAAAAACUACAACUCCCAUCAAACAAAAGGGUAACUGAGAUGGUUUCCUCUUCCUGCUGCGAAUCACAAUUCAUGUCGCAUUGUUCACAUAAACCAGGUCUUUUGAAGCAGAGAUUCAAAAGCAUAACGAUGGCAGUUGUCUGUAAGCAGUUACAAGCCAAGAACCUCCUAGUACUUUAACUACAGGUUUCGGGUUCCUGUACUAACCACUGUGCUCCCCUUCCUCUUCUCAAUUCACAACCCCGUUAAAAUGGAAUCUGGAGUUUUCCAGACCGCAUGGAGACAGGCACAUCUGUCCUUGCAAGCAGCUGGCUCAGUCUCAGUCUGUCUCAUCUGAAUUCAGUGAUAACGUGAUUAAAGGAUAACCACACUCAAUGCAACCAUUUGCUAGAAGUUAAUUUUACACACAAGCAGGGAUUCGGAACAAGAUCGCAAACGUGCACGUCCUGUGCAGCUAAUCAAUAUUCAUUGAUCAGCUUCUCAAUUCUGCCUACAAAAAAAGCAUUUUGUUCAGACAGGAAAGACUAAACUUAACAAGUUAGCUGUGAAUACACAGUCGACGUGUCCCGUCCCAGUUUUCAUUCAUCCCAGUUGACCGUGCAUUUCCCUUGCCUGCUCUUUAAAAUAGCUGUGUGUCGCCGUGAUAAAAACAGAACUUUCACUCCAUUUCCAAUAAAAUGACAUUACAAAUAAAAUGGAUUAGUCUCUCAAAUCCACGUUUCCCUGCUGUGGAAUAGUCUGCAUUUCAAGCUUACAUUUACUAAACAUGUUGAAUCAUUUCAAUCUCAGAAGCCUGGAUAUAAUGGGGAUGAAUAAUGAUGUUUUAAAAGUGAAGAAGUUUGUAUGCAAGAAGUCUAAAAUGUUUACUUGAAGGAGCUGUAGCACUGUUUUAAUAAAACAAUUAGAAUUUACAAUUUAACAUAACAAGUCAUUCUAUGGCAAAAGGUGUCAUAGUCUUUGGAACAGCACAGGGCAUCUUCAAUUAUAAAGGGACAAAAAAAAAAAAAAAUAAUAAACUCCAAGCCUUUUAUAUGAAUUGUAAUUUAUAGCUUUUAUAUUGUUAAUUUUUGCCAAAUGUACUGUACCACUGGUGUCCAGCUUUGGGGUGAAAGGGACACUUUGGAGGGAAAUCAGUGUAAUAUUGAAUUGAUCUUGUUUUAAGUGUGUUGAUGUUCAUGUAUCUUUGUUUUGUCUGCUCUGAGAGGUUGUGGGUGCUCUGCAGAGCAGCUCGGAGUUCUACAUUUUAAAGGGGGGCCACAUCCAGCAAGGCGAUGGGGAAACAGCAAGAAGCUUCAAAUGGCAUCUUAGUUAUUUUGUCCUCUUCCCCUUAGCUUCGAGUUUUAUUGAUUUAUUAUAUUGUUGUUUUUUUUGUAUGACCUGGGAAGGUGCUUCAAACUGUUUUUAAAAGCCCAGCUCCUUAUCAGAGUUGCUGGAACUUCUAAUUUCUCUUAAUUCUAUCUCCAUGAGAACAGUUAUAUACUGAUUGCUAUUUUGAAGUGUCCAAGAGUUGCACUGUUCAGUUUAAAUAUAAUGCUGAUUUAAGAAUUCUGCCCUUGCAGAAGGAAUCUUGGCAAAAAUAAAAAACAAGGGACAUAAACCAGGUUUCUGAAAAGAAAUCCUGUUUGAACUGAACAGUGCCAUUUUCUGGCCAUAUAAAAACAACAAUCGCUCUAUAAAUGCCCAAACUUUUCAGUGUUUGAUGCAGUUCCCCCUUAAUCCUGCAGAUUCCUUAUUCCUGCUCAGGAACCUAAGUUACCAAUAAAAAACCUGAAACUGUGUUCCCUUGUGCAGUGUGACGGCACUAGCUCCUGAUGGAGCUGCAGCGUGACUGCACUAGCCCCUGAUGGAGCUGCAGUGUGACUGCACUAGCCCCUGAUGGAGCUGCAGUGUGACUGCACUAGUCCCUGAUGGAGCUGCAGUGUGACUGCACUAGCCUCUGAUGCAGCUGCAGUGUGACUGCACUAGCCCCUGAUGGAGCUGGAGUGUGACUGCACUAGCCCCUGAUGGAGUUGCAGUGUGACUGCACUAGUCCCUGAUGGAGCUGCAGUGUGACUGCACUAGCCCCUGAUGGAGCUGCAGUGUGACUGCACUAGCCCCUGAUGGAGCUGCAGUGUGACUGCACUAGCCCCUGAUGGAGCUGCAGUGUGACUGCACUAGCCCCUGAUGGAGUUGCAGUGUGACUGCACUAGUCCCUGAUGGAGCUGCAGUGUGACUGCACUAGCCCCUGAUGGAGCUGCAGUGUGACUGCACUAGCCCCUGAUGGAGCUGCAGUUUGACUGCACUAGCCCCUGAUGGAGUUGCAGUGUGACUGCACUAGCCCCUGAUGGAGCUGCAGUGUGACUGCACUAGCCUCUGAUGCAGCUGCAGUGUGACUGCACUAGCCUCUGAUGCAGCUGCAGUGUGACUGCACUAGCCCCUGAUGGAGCUGGAGUGUGACUGCACUAGCCCCUGAUGGAGUUGCAGUGUGACUGCACUAGCCCCUGAUGGAGAUGCCUUGUAGAAGUUUAGAACUCCUUUAGCUCUAUAAAUACUGUAUAUAUUGUAUAGUUAGUGUUUUGUUACAAGCUGUGCUGUUCUUUUUUGUUGUUUAAUUAGCAUUAACUUGUUUACUGCACUUUCAUUAAGAAAGCCUGGGAAAGCUGUGUGGCGGUUCACUGUGAUUUGUAUCAUUUUAAAAGGCCUGGUCAGUACACAAAGAGCACACUCUCACCCCACUUGUGUUAAAGGAAGAAAAGCUGCCAGUUACAAAACCGAUGCAGAGAAAGUCUUGGAAGUCAUUUUAAGGCCUCUAAAAUCAAGUUUAUACAGCCACCAUAGCUGUAAUUCAGAACGGUUAUGGCAGUGCUGUCAUCAUUAUGUAACAUUGUUUCUUUCAGAAGUGCAAGAAACCGCUUUCAUAUACAGUAGCUAUUGAUGUUCUAAAUUGCUUCUUAAAUCCUAACAAAAAAACAGGUUGCUAACGUUCAAGCACAUUGGUAUCUAGCAUUAUUAUUAAUAAUUUUUGCUAAUACUGAAAAUGAUACAAGACAUAAUGUACACCACUUUGUACAUAAUAGGGUUGUAAUUCCAUCAAGGGAGUUCAGUGUAAUGAUAAACCACGAGGGUGAAACCCCAGACAGUAUGUGUGUGUACAGGUGUAUUUGCUAAAAUACAUGGUAACAGAAUACACUGACACAUUUUUGUCUCUUUACUGGGUGAAUUAAAUUUGUUCACAGCAGCAAGUGCGUCCAACAGAACUUGAAUUAGUCUGGCUUUGCUGAAUUCUCUGAGGUUACACAAUAAUGCAGCUCGUUUCUUUUUUUAAAAUUUUUUUUUAACUUGCAUUAUUGGUACUGUGCAACGCGAUUUACUUUGAAAAGUUGACGUCAAGAGAACUAAACAUUUACAGCGUCGUUAACUACGGCUUGACCAGGGAAAGAACGAUAAGACUGACCUUUGAACCCUGUGGCUUAUAGAAAAACAGCAAGGGCUGUCACAUUGAGGCACCACUUAUUCAUAUAGUCAGCACUGACCUACAGUAGCAGAAGAGGUGUAAGACUGGAUCCACCCACACCCAGCCGGGAUAAGACACCUCUGAACUUUAUUGGAGCAUUUUACAGCGCUGGGGGAUCCCUGGAUUGCGUCAACCACCAAUCAAUGGUUAUCCUCAGAUUCCCCCUAGAAUCUGUGGCUGAUGCAAUUCCCGGCUCCAGUAACACCCAGCACUAUCUUAUCCAGGUGGAUUCUAGUCUGACCCCUUUAGUCUUGAAGGUGGAAUAGCUGUGUAAUGUGGAGUGCAAAGGGCAGCCCUCACGAUAAUAAUGUUGUCAGUUUUGAGAAACCUCCUACACCAGUUAGGUACAGUCUAUGGUCCUCUUUGCAAGCCUGAAACCUGGAACCUAAUCACUUCCUGUGCUGUAGGCCACAUGGUCUGAUUGCCGCUAGAGCUUUGGGAGACUGACCUACAGCACAGGAAGUGAUUAGUUACCAGGAAGCAGCAGCAGCUAAUCUAUGGUGGUUGUGUUUUCUAUUUUUACUUUGAUGCAGAAAUGCAAUAAAACCAAAUGAAAUUCAGUAGGGGACCAGUGAUGUUGCCGGUGCUAAUAAUGAGGUACUGAAAGACCACUGAUUUUGAACCUUGGUUAGCACUCUCUAAGCCAGCUAUCAGUGCACUGAAUCAUCUAGGCAUGCAUGAAGGGACUCUGCCUCUGUGUGUGUGAGAGCAUGUGGCGUUUCAUUCUGACUGUAUUCCUCUGUUUUUCCAUUCUUUAUGUCUUAAUAUGAAGGUUGACAAACUGAUCUGUAAAUAGAAGAUUUGGAACCAUGUGCCUCUCUGUAACCUGUGGACAUGACCACUGUUUUCUGGUACUAAAAAGAACACUAAUAAAAAAAAAUGUAAAAAUCAAGACUCUGA